AUGGCAUUCUGCGGCGCCCCGGUUCGCGACGAUUCCACCAAGUUGAACGUCAUCAGCGGGUUAUUUGCCGCCUUGAUGCUUCUCUGUGUUGGCCUGAGAACGGUGACCCGCAUCCCUCCCUUCAGGGUUCCCUUUGGUUGGGAUGAUGGCCUGAUCCUGGUUGCUACCGCCUGUGCACUCUACAUAUCCUUGGACAACUUCGUGAUGACACAUCAUGGCUUUGCAAGAGACAAUUACACCAUACCGCCCCAUGAAAUCGAGACAAUCUUGAAAUUGUUCUACACUGCGGAAAUCAUUUACUGCAUCAGCGUCGCCAUGACCAAGCUCUCCAUCCUGGCUUUCUACCUGCGUAUCUUUACGGAGAAAAAGUUCAAACGAGCGACCUACAUCCUCAUGGGCGUCGUUUCAGCUACUUUGCUGGCCGUCUUGCCCGCCAACAUCUUCCAAUGUACGCCCAUAUCUUUUAUGUGGACGGGUUGGACCGGCGAGACAAAGGGUCAUUGCAUCAACAUCCUCUCGUUGACCAAGGUCGCGUGUACCAUCAACAUUCUUCAGGACAUCGCCGUCAUCUUGUUGCCGAUACCCUUUUUGCUUAGACUGUCAUUGUCACGGAAGAAAAAGGUCCAGAUUGUUUCCAUGUUCUCUGUCGGCUUAUUCGUGACAAUUGCCAGCAUCAUACGGGACUUCGUUGCCGCCUCCUACAUGUCGGUCCUCGAAGCCGACGUCGGCGUGAUCUGCGCGUGCAUGCCGGCCCUGAAGCUCCUCCUGCGCCGCGUCGCACCCGGUAUCUUUGGCUCCACGGUCGACCAAUCCUCGCACCUGCGCGCUCACCAUGGGUCCCAUGCAAAUAGUUACGGUGCUCGACGCUCCAUGCCCCCACAAAUCAUCACGAAAACCACCACGACGUCGGUAGUCGAGCUGCCGAAAGAGAACGACUCGACCAUUGAGCUGGUCGAGACACCCUGGGCGGCUCGCUGA